ACACCCCCUCGACACAAUGCUUCGAUUCACGCAACUUUUCACUGCGGCGCUCGUCGUAGUCAGCACCUCUGCUGCCGCUGUCGUCGACCUCACGCCCUCAAACUUCGACUCCAUCGUGCUCAAGUCCGGCAAGCCAGCGCUUGUCGAGUUCUUUGCACCAUGGUGCGGCCACUGCAAGACUCUCGCUCCCAUCUACGAAGAGCUCGCGGGUUCCUUCGCGUCUUCCACAGACAAAAUCACCAUCGCCAAAGUCGACGCCGACGAGCACAAGUCGCUGGGAACGAAAUACGGAAUCAAGGGAUUUCCCACGAUCAAGUACUUUGAUGGCAGCGGGAAGUCGGAGCCAGAGGAUUACAAGAAGGGCCGGGAUAUCGACAGCUUGACUGAGUUCAUCACCGAGAAGAUCGGCGUCAAGCCAAAGGGUGCGAAGAAGGUUGCAUCGUCAGUCGAGAUGUUGAACGACAGCACUUUUGACAAGCAGAUUGGCGGUGACAUGGAUGCCAUUGUCGCUUUCACAGCGCCGUGGUGUGGACACUGCAAGAGCCUCGCCCCAAUCUGGGAGACGGUCGCCGCCGACUUCGCCUCCGAGCCCUCCGUUCUUAUCGCCAAGGUCGACGCCGAUGCACCCAAUGGCAAGAAAACCGCUGAGCGCUACGAGGUCAGGUCCUACCCAACAAUUCUGUACUUCCCCAAGGGUUCGAAAGACGCAGUACCAUACACGGGCGGACGUACCGAGGCCGAUUUGGUGACCUUCAUGAACGAAAAGGCUGGAACUUUCCGCUCUCCAGGCGGUGGUCUCAACGCUCUGGCCGGUGUCAUCCCAUCGCUCGACGAGGCCGUUGCGGCCUUGAAGACCGGCGGCGAGAAGGCGUACAAGGAGCUGGCCAAGCAAGCCGGCGCGCUGCAGGACAAGACCGCUGAGUACUACGCCAAGGUUGCGAGCAAGGCUGAAAACAACGCGGGAUACCUCGAGAAGGAAUACACAAGGUUGCAGAACCUGAUCGGCAAGGGCAACCUUGCGCCGGAGAAGCUGGACGAUCUGAUCAGCCGCAAGAACAUUUUGAGCAGGUUCAUCGGCCAGGAGGACGAUGCGAAGAGCGAGCUUUAG